AUGGCGAAUCAAUGGGAGAAACACCAAACUGACGAGGGAGAAACUUACUACUACAACCCAGAAACGGAAGAGACAACCUGGGAAAAACCAGAUGGAUUCCAAGAGGAGGAUGGUGACGACAACAACGACCCGGCAGAAGAAAGUGGCAAUAAUAAUGACGGUGUCUGGGAAAAACACUAUGAUGAAGAUGAAAAAAAGCAUUAUUACAGCAACACAAAGACCAACGAGACCACGUGGGAAAAGCCAGAUGGUUUCAAAGAGGAUGAUGACGCCCAAGAGGAAGAAAAGCCAGAUGACGACGGUGAGAGAAAACCUACCAGCAAGAGUGGUGUCUGGGAAAAACACGAGGAUGCAGAUGGUAGUGCGUAUUACUACAACACGGAAACAGAGGAGACAUCCUGGGAAAAGCCAGAAGGAUUUGUAGAUGACGACGACGACAAAAAAGAUCAUCAGACCGACAAACAAGCCGUCAAAGAAGAAGAAGAAGAAGCUGAACGAAUGGAAGAGGAAGCACUACCAAAGAGCCCAAUUGGGGGUGUGGAAGAGGAAGCCCUGCCAAAGAGUCCCAUUGGCGGGGCUGAUGACGACGACGAUGACAAUGACAAUGAUGAACAAACUCAAUCUGCUGGAACCUGGGAACGCCACGAGGAUGAAGAAGGACGAGAGUACUACUAUAAUCCAAAAACUGACGAAACUACCUGGGAUCGACCACCGGGCUUUCAAGAAAGUACGAAGGAAGACGAUGACAACGACAACGACGAUGAUGCUGCCGUCAAGGAGGAGGAGGAAGAAGAAAAGCCAGAAGGACAAUGGGAGAAACUAACUGAUGACGAAGGCAGAGAAUACUACUACAAUGCGACAACAGAUGUCACGCAAUGGGACAAGCCAGACGAUUUUAUCGAGGGUGCUGCCAAGCCAACAUCUCCCAAGCCUGCCAAAAAGGCAUCCGGGUGGGAAAAGCUGACUGAUGAGGAAGGCAGAGAAUACUACUACAAUGCAGAGACGGAUGUCACUCAAUGGGACAAGCCAGAUGACUAUGAAGAAGAUGAAGGAAAAGGAGAACCUCCCAAACCAUCAAAAUCAUCAUCGGGCUGGGAAAAACUGACCGAUGAAGAAGGUAGAGAAUACUAUUACAACGCGACAACAGACGUCACUCAAUGGGAAAAGCCAGAUGACUACGACGAGGGUUCCAGCUCUUCACCCAAACCAUCAAAAUCUUCGUCCGGGUGGGAAAAGUUGACCGAUGACGAAGGUAGAGCAUACUACUACAAUGAAACAACCGGCGACACGCAAUGGGACGCUCCAGAAGGAUUCGAUGACCAGGACGAGAAAAAGGCCGACGAAGAUGACGAGUUUCAAGCUUCGCCCAAAAGGGAACCCAGCCCCAUGUCGGUCGAGGAAGAAGCCGAAAAGGAGCCCGAACCUGAACCAGAACCUGAAAUCGACCCGGUCGUCAAGAGAGUUAUGGAUGCUGAGGCUGCCCUGAACAAGCCAGACUCUGUAUUGGAACCAGGUUGUACGUCGAAUGUUUUGGAAGUUGUGGCCAGCCAAGAUGGUAAUCCCGAAAAGGCCAUUGUUGCAUUGAUUGACAACUUUCAGGGCCAGACAGCCAUUUGUGGGACCAUCGCCAGAUGGCUUGCCGAUCUUCGUUCAGCUUCUUCCGACACGAGCGAUGUGAACGAACUAGUUGGGAAAGCUAAACACAGUGUGGCAGAUGGCAUAAGAGAGACGGCACAAGAUGUUGUCAGCCGAAUUGCCAAGGAAAGAUUCUCCAAUGCAGUAGGAGACGAUAUUCUGAGCCUGUCCAAAUCUGAUGUCGCCUUCUUGGAGGAAAUGAUAGAGUCCAACCGAUGGCGCAAGCUUUUGAUUGAAUUAGCUUCAACACACAAGGAGAGUGCACUACUCAUGUACUGCAUUCGAACAAUUUCAAAGCGAGGAUAUCACAGAGAGCUUGUGAAAAGGAUGAAUCCAUCGGAGUACUUUUCGGUGUUCAAUUCCAUGCUUCAGUCGGAGCUGACGAUCGUCGGGAAGACAGCAAUCAGCGCGGCAAAUGACGUGGAUACCUCAAUUGGAUUGGAAGAACUUGUCAGUGAUCUUCAUCGUACAUGUACGGCCACAGCUUUCACUUACUUGUACUCUCUAGAGGUGCUUCGCCAUCUCGUGACAGAGGCAGAGGAGGACUCUGCUGCAGAACCUGGGUCUCGUAUGAGAAGAGCUAUUCGCAAAUGGGAACGAUUGAGUGAAGAUCUUGACACUGCAAUGGUGGACCCCUCUACCUCAUCCGCCACGGCUGGGUCAUCGACUAUUUUUCGAAAGCGACGUUUGGAUGUGGCACUUACUGUUAGUGAAAUUCAUCAACGCCAGCGGCGACGGCUCAAGCCAUCAUCAGAUGAGGACGAGGCAAUACCAUUCUCCAAUGGCAACGACCAAACCAAAAAGCUUGAAUCGGGUCUGGAGCAGUUCUUGAGGCGCUUCUCAGUCGGGCAGCAAGCCAAUGAUAGCGAUCUGGACGUGUUGCUUCCAACUGGCCUGAACAUGCAGUCUGCAAAAGACGAAGUCGGACAUUUGUUUGUUACCUACCCGCUUUCAAUAAGAGCCCUCUUGAGCAAUAUUUUCAAAACGAGCGGAACCAUUGGGAAGUCAAUUAGAAGCAAGUGCUCGACGCUGCUUGCGGUUGCUAUUCUUGCCAGCGAGAAGAGGGCUAGAGCCGAAAUUGGGCAAGAAGAACCGGACCCAGAGUCGCCAGAUGAAGUGGCGCUGACAUCGACAAUCAAGAGAGCAAGCGAACUUUGCGAAGAACUCGCAACAAUGGCUUCCUUUGUUGUCACUAGCACCGGAACUGAGAGAGGGGCACUGUCGUCUCCAGGGCAGCAUCUAUGCAAUCUGGCCCUCAAAUGUGCCACGGUUGCCCAGGGUGUUUUGAUGUGGGCCAAGGACAUUAUUUCAGGCAGCGAAUACACGUCUUCGGCAACCUUUUCAACCUUCUCACCCAGCAUCCUUACUCUUGUCCGUAUCGUGUCCUCGAAGCAUCCUUGUACACGAAAGGAGGCGGCUGAUAUCGCGUUUACUUUCCUACGGCACAACGUCAGCUCGGAGAUAUCCUACAAGAAAAUCAACGACAUCAGAGAACAAAGUCUCCGCCUGCUUCUGUUCCUCGUCGUGCACGGAGAAGCCCCUUCUAUUCUCCGAACUCUCACAAUCCUCCUUGGAAAAGGAGAGGCUAUCAAAUUGGAUCCCUCACUGAUGCGGUAUCUUAUCUCUGGAAUGAUUGAAGUUGUGCGCCCACCCUUUUCACUACCAUUUGUUCGACUUUUUGGAGGUUUGCUGAAAACUCCACGAUGUAUGGACGCUGUACGUACGCGUUACUUCGGGGAUGAGAAGAGAAAGCGCCUUACAACAAUGCUUUCCGACUUUAAGAGAUCGUGCAUCACCCACAAAGGCAGAAACCAAGAUGUGGCCUUGGUCGCCCACCUGAUGAAGACGUAUGCUAUCAAGAGUAACUAA